AUGUCCCUCCCCCAUCCCUCACCACUGCCAUCAUUCUGGACCUCCAGUCCGGACACACUGCGCAAUCAUCGAACCACCGACGUGCUACCUGAAACCGCAGAUGUUGUGGUGGUAGGAUCUGGCUACUCUGGUGCCGCCACGACCUAUUUUCUCCUUAGAAAUCCGGAAGCCCGACCGUCGACGGUCAUUCUCGAAGCUCGAGAGGCAUGUUCUGGUGCCUCGGGGCGCAAUGGUGGGCAUCUCAAGCCGGAUCCGCACUUCGCCAUUUCCCGAUGGCAACGAAGAUAUGGUCUCAAAGUCGCCAAAGAGAUGUCCGAAUUCGAGAUGCGACAGGUGUGGGACGUGAAGAAGCUGAUCGAGGGCGAGAAGAUCCGGUGUGAUUUCGAACUCACCAGAGCCAUGGACGUGUUUGUCGACGAGCGAAGCGCAAAGCCCGCCAUCGAGGCGUAUCUGCAACUCCAGCGCUCUGGCUUUGAAUUCUCCCCCGACCUCCAGGUGAUCCUGGAGCCCGAGCGAGCAGAACGUAUCUCGGGCGUCCGUGGAGCGCUUGCGGCAUUUACGUAUACGGCAGGGUCCGUUUGGGUCCUCAAACUCGUCUACCAUCUCCUCCGGCGAUGCCUGGAAUGGGGUGCAAAUCUACAGACCAACACGCCCGCGCUGUCGAUUUCACCUUCACGAGAUAGCGAGGGGUACUAUGCCGUGGAAACGACACGCGGCGUCAUCCGGGCCCGCAAUAUCGUCGUCGCCACAAACGCCCACACUGGCGCGCUCCUCCCAGAAUUUCAAGGGAAAAUCACCCCCGUGCGAGGCGUGGCGGCAAGAAUAGCCAUUCCUGCCGGCAAAGACAAGACCCCCCACCUGAACAAUACGUAUUCGAUCCGGUUUGGCCCCGGAGAGUACGACUAUCUGAUUCCUCGGUCCGAUGGCAGCAUUAUUGUAGGCGGGGCGAAGCAGGUGGUCCUCUCGGACGACAGCAGCUGGCUGGGCAACUCCAACGACUCGGAGCUGAUUCCAGGGGCAGAAGAGUAUUUUACGGGUUAUAUGCAGCGCCAUUUCCGCGGGUGGGAGUCGUCAGACGCUCGAGUAACUCAUCUUUGGACAGGAACGAUGGGCUUCAGUGAAGAUCUGGCCCCCUGGGUUGGCGAGUUGCCUGGAAAGCCGGGCGUCUUUGUGGAAGCAGGCUUCACCGCUCACGGCAUGCCACUGAUCUAUGGCUGCGCCGAAGCCAUCGCAAAACUUGUGCGCGGCGAUAUACAGCAUAUUGGCGACGAGGAUGCGCAAAUUCCGUCACCUUUAUGGAUCACGCCCGCGAGGCUGAACACACAGCUUCGGCUUGCCCGAGAGCAUAUGCUUGGUAACAGGACCAAGGAGUUGGCGAAAUUGUAA